UGGCCGCCAGAGAGUGAAAUCGGGCGCUGUGACUGCGCCCGGAACCAUCCGUCUCCAUCGGGACUGGCUGAGGCUGGAGCAGGUGUCAGAAGAUGGCCAAAUUCGUGACUCCAGUGAUCCAGGAUAACCCUUCGGGCUGGGGCCCCUGUGCUGUCCCUGAGCAGUUUCGGGACAUGCCCUAUCAGCCCUUCAGUAAGGGAGAUCGACUGGGAAAGGUUGCAGAUUGGACAGGAGCCACCUACCAGGAUAAGAGGUACACCAAUAAGUAUUCCUCCCAGUUUGGUGGUGGAAGCCAGUAUGCUUAUUUCCAUGAAGAGGAUGAGACCAGCUUCCAGCUUGUGGACACAGCCCGGACCCAGAAGACUGCCUACCAGAGGAAUAGGAUGAGGUUUGCCCAGCGGAAUCUUCGGAGAGACAAGGACCGGAGAAACAUGCUCCAAUUCAACCUACAGACUUUGCCCAAGAGUGCUAAGCAGAAAGAGAGAGACCGUAUACGUCUGCAGAAGAAGUUCCAGAAGCAGUUUGGAGUGAGGCAGAAAUGGGAUCAGAAAUCUCAGAAGCCACGGGAUUCUUCAGUUGAAGUCCGCAGUGACUGGGAAGUGAAAGAAGAAAUGGAUUUCCCUCAGUUGAUGAAAAUGCGUUACUUGGAGGUGUCAGAGCCACAGGACAUUGAGUGCUGUGGAGCCCUGGAAUACUACGACAAAGCCUUUGACCGCAUCACCACAAGGAAUGAGAAGCCUCUGAGGAGCAUCAAGCGCAUUUUCCACACUGUCACCACCACGGAUGACCCCGUCAUCCGAAAGCUGGCAAAAACUCAGGGCAAUGUGUUUGCUACGGACGCCAUUUUGGCCACAUUGAUGAGCUGCACUCGCUCAGUCUAUUCCUGGGACAUUGUUGUCCAGAGGGUUGGGUCCAAACUCUUUUUUGACAAAAGGGACAGCUCGGACUUUGACCUCCUGACAGUGAGUGAGACUGCUAAUGAGCCACCUCAGGAUGAAGGCAACUCCUUCAACUCGCCUCGGAACCUCGCCAUGGAAGCCACCUACAUUAAUCACAACUUCUCCCAGCAGUGCCUGCGGAUGGGAAAGGAAAGAUAUAAGUUUCCCAACCCAAAUCCCUUUGUGGAAGAUGACAUGGACAAGAACGAAAUUGCCUCAGUGGCGUACCGGUACCGAAGGUGGAAGCUUGGAGAAGACAUCGACCUCAUUGUCCGCUGUGAGCACGAUGGAGUGAUGACAGGGGCCAAUGGAGAAGUGUCCUUUAUCAACAUUAAGACCCUGAAUGAGUGGGAUUCCAGGCACUGCAAUGGUGUAGAUUGGCGCCAGAAGCUGGACUCUCAGCGAGGGGCAGUCAUUGCCACAGAGCUGAAGAACAAUAGCUACAAGCUGGCCCGCUGGACCUGCUGUGCAUUGCUGGCUGGGUCAGAGUACCUCAAACUUGGGUACGUGUCCCGCUACCAUGUCAAAGACUCCGCUCGCCAUGUUAUCCUGGGCACCCAGCAGUUCAAGCCCAAUGAGUUUGCUAGCCAGAUCAACCUGAGUGUGGAGAAUGCCUGGGGUAUCUUGCGCUGUGUCAUUGACAUCUGCAUGAAACUGGAUGAGGGCAAGUACUUGAUCCUCAAGGACCCCAACAAGCAGGUGAUCCGCGUGUACAGCCUGCCAGAUGGCACCUUCAGCUCUGAUGAGGAUGAGGACAAUGAGGAGGAGGAAGAAGAAGAAGAAGAGGAAGAAGCCUGAGCAGGCCAGUUGAGACCAAGCACACCGCUGCCAUCAUAACGCCCCUGUGUCUGGGAGGGCCCAGGGAUCUCCUUGGGGAUUGGCCUUGGUCACCCAAACUGGAGUUUAAAAAAAGAAAUAAAGGAGGAGCCUGAUGAGUCUA